UAAAUAUAACCUCACUUUUUUGAAAUCAGAAAAUAUUUUUCGUACAUGUGAGUGGCCGGUAUUUAGGAUUAAAAUAAUUUUAUAACGUUGUUAAACGUUUUUAUCAAUAAACUUUAUUUUUAAUAUUCACUAAAGAUGUCUAAAGUUCCUUAUAAAGUUGCCGAUUUAAAAUUAGCAGAAUGGGGUCGCAAGGAUAUCGGUCUCUCAGAAAACGAAAUGCCAGGCCUCAUGGCUCUUCGUAAAAAGUAUGGAAAAACAAAACCCCUCAAAGGAGCCAAGAUAGCAGGUUGUCUUCACAUGACCAUACAAACAGCCGUUUUAAUUGAAACGCUUAUUGAAUUAGGAGCUGAGGUCAAAUGGUCAAGUUCAAACAUAUUUAGUACUCAAGAUCAUGCAGCAGCUGCCUUAGCUCAAAAAGGUAUUGCUGUGUAUGCAUGGAAAGGUGAAACUGAUGAAGAAUUUCUGUGGUGCAUUGAGCAAACACUUAUUUUCCCUGAUGGAAAACCAUUUAAUUUGAUUCUCGAUGAUGGAGGUGAUUUGACAAACCUAGUCCAUGAUAAAUAUCCACAGUAUCUCGAAGAAUGUUUGGGUUUAAGUGAAGAAACCACAACUGGAGUUCAUAACUUACAUAAAAUGUUUAAGGAAGGGAGGUUGAAAGUUCCUGCUAUUAAUGUCAAUGAUUCAGUGACAAAGAGUAAAUUUGAUAAUUUAUAUGGAUGUCGUGAAUCUCUCAUCGAUGGCAUAAAGAGAGCUACAGAUGUGAUGGUAGCUGGAAAAGUAUGUGUUGUAGCUGGUUACGGAGAUGUAGGCAAAGGCUGUGCACAGUCUUUAAGAGCUUUUGGAGCCAGAGUGCUGAUAACAGAAAUUGAUCCUAUCAAUGCUUUGCAAGCAUCCAUGGAAGGCUAUGAAGUAACCACAAUGGAGGAAGCUAGCAAAGAAGGCCAAAUAUUUGUAACCACUACUGGUAACACAGGCAUUAUUAAGGGAGAGCAUCUUAUUAAUAUGCGAAAUGACAGUAUUGUUUGUAAUAUUGGCCACUUUGACUGUGAAGUUGACGUAGCAUGGAUCGAGAAAAAUGCCAAAGAAAAAGUCAACAUCAAACCCCAAGUUGACAGAUACCUGCUUGACAAUGGAAAUCAUAUCAUAGUAUUAGCUGAAGGUCGUCUUGUAAAUUUAGGUUGCGCUACUGGACAUGCCUCUUUUGUCAUGUCUAAUAGUUUUACAAACCAAUGCCUUGCACAAAUUGAACUAUGGACCAAACCAAAGCAACUGUCUGUGGGUGUGCACACUUUGCCAAAGAUUCUGGAUGAGGAAGUAGCUAGACUACAUUUGGAUCAUUUGGGUGUUAAGCUAACCAAACUGACAUCAGAGCAAGCUAAGUAUAUUGGUGUUCCACUUAAUGGGCCAUUCAAACCAGAUAAUUACAGAUAUUAAGGAUAAUCUUUGCAGUAAAAAUAAUUUACACAGUUUUUAUAGCUUUAUUUUUUCCAUUUAAUAAAAGUGCAGGAACAAAAUGUACAACUAAUAAA